AUGCGCUCCGCGCUGGCGCUCUCCGCGCUGCUGCUGCUGCUGCUGCUGCCGCCGCGGUCGUUCUCCCAGGAAGGUGAGUGGUGGCCCGCGCUCCGCUGCGACCGCACAGUGCCAUUGCGUCCCCAGCCGGGCCGCACCUCGUGGCGGGACCCGGAGCAGCAGCCUCCCAGAGGUUUCUCCAAGCAGCGUGAGCAGUUCGGCUCACUUGAGCCUGUGCGGGGGCAGGGGGAAUUUAGGAUGGGAUGGAAGCCCAACCUCUUCGCGGCACUGCAUGGAACCUUCAGUGGGAAGGGGCCGGUUCUCCGAGAGCGCGCAGAGCAGCCAGGCUUCAGCGUGGGCUUUGACAUGCACCUUUUUGGUGAGAACCUCUUAGCACCCUCCAGAAGGGAGCCCCCCAGAAGGGAGAUGCGCUGUGUCGGGAAGGAUAGGCCUGUUCCCGGGGUGCCAGAACACCCUCCUGCCGACGGAGCAGCUACAGCUGACGGAGCAGCUACUGCGGACGGAGCAGCUACAGCCGACGGAGCAGCUACCGCCGACGGAGCAGCUACAGCCGACGGAGCAGCUACCGCCGACGGAGCAGCUACCGCCGACGGAGCAGCUACAGCCGACGGAGCAGCUACCGCCGACGGAGCAGCUCCAGCCGACGGAGCAGCUACCGCCGACGGAGCAGCUACCGCCGACGGAGCAGCUACCGCCGACGGAGCAGCUACCGCCGACGGAGCAGCUACCAACGCCGGAGCAGCUACCGCCGACGGAGCCGCUACCGCCGACGGAGCCGUUACCGCCGACGGAGCAGCUACCGCCGACGGAGCAGCUACCGCCGACGGAGCAGCUACCGCCGACGGAGCAGCUACAACCGCAGCUCAGCCCCUUGUAGCACCGGCAGCCGGUAUUGAAGGGGGGACUCACGGGAAGGAGACUGGAUCACGCACAGCCCCAGCAACCACAGCCCCAGCAAACACUGAGCAAACGAAGACGACCACUGUCACCAGCGGAGGAUCCCCAAUAGCACCCAGCGGCUCAGGGGCGACGACAGCCACACCCCAAACGGCCGCUGACAAGGACGGGAAGGCCUCCAGCAACCCCAGUGUAGCUAGUGAUGGCUCAGAGGAUAGCCAAGGUUUCAACAAGACGACAGUCUCCUCAACCACUCACACCGUGAAGCCCGAAGGCACCCGCAGCCCCGCAGCCGGAGCGGGAGCCGGGGAGGCCCAUGGUGGUCCCGCCAGCAGCACGACCCCUGGGGGCGGGAAACAGGCUGCUGCUGCGCCUGCAGACCCGCCCAGCACCUCCAGCCCCGCUUCUUCUCUUCCUGCCGGCGCCACCCCAACAAGCCCACACCAAGCAAGUACAAGCCCUGGUCCUUCGAAGCCUCCGGUGAGCCAUUCUGACAAAAUCCCCACGGCAGCUCCCAGUAGUUCAGGCACGAAGGCGGGCCCCAGCUCCACGUCCCACGGGACACUUCCCACAGCAACAUCACUGGUUCCCUUACAAGGAGAUCUGCAGAAAUCCAGCGUGAUACCAGCUGUCACUGGGACCUCUUCGGCCAUCACUGGGACCUCUUCUUUCACCACUGGGAUCCCUUCUUUGGAGACUUCGCAUCCUGCAGGCCCUUCAUCAGGACCUGUGGCCACAUCUCCUGUCGAGGGAUCCAGAAGCUCCAGCACCCAGUUGACUUCAGUUGCCCCUCGCGUCCCCAGCGUCCCUCCUUCCUCGGCUCAUGUGGAUGACAGGAUAAAGUGCGAAUCUCCUGGAGGGCUAACUGACAAGAUGCUCAUACUGAACUUGACGAAAAUGAGCCUCUGUGCGGGGAACAGCAGUUCAGAUGACAAACUGGUCACACUUCUGUGCCGAGCAGCAAAAGCCACCUUCAACCCAGCUCAAGACACGUGCCAUAUACUGCUGGUACCUGUUCAAGACUCCCAGGCAGUGGCGAUCAAAGAAAUCACGGUGCAGACAAACCUCCUGCCCGGGGACGUGUAUGAGUCGCUGAAAGACAAAUGGGAUGAGCUGAAAGAGGUGGGAGUCAGUAACAUGAAGCUCGGGGACCAAGGGCCCCCCGAAGAGACCGAGGACCGGUUCAGCAUGCCUCUCAUCAUCACCAUUGUCUGCAUGGCGUCCUUCCUGCUCCUGGUCGCCGCCCUCUACGGCUGCUGCCACCAGCGCCUCUCCCAGAAGAAGGACCAGCAACGGCUAACAGAGGAGCUGCAGACAGUGGAGAAUGGUUACCAUGACAAUCCCACGCUGGAAGUGAUGGAGACCUCAUCCGAGAUGCAGGAGAAAAAGGUGGUCAACCUUAAUGGGGAGCUGGGGGACAGCUGGAUCGUCCCUCUGGACAACCUGGCCAAGGAUGACCUUGACGAGGAGGAAGACACGCACCUCUAGUCAGGUCCGCAGGCAGCCUCCAACAGGACCACAGGGCUCCAGACUGAACCACCUCAAGUGCCAUUUGGACAGGGGAGGAAAAUCCUUCCCAGCUGAGGGAAAGGUGGGGGAGGGAAGCAGACUUGGAGGGUCCCUCCUCCCAAUCCCCACAGGGCCUUAAUUUUCCCUUGUCAAACUGAACCAAUCACAUUCUGUCUAGAUUCCUCUUGUAAAAUAACCCACUAGUGCCUGAGCUCAGUGCUGCUGGAAGACGAGAGGGAGUGCACCCACGUGGUCAUCUGGUAGAAUCCCUUCAGCUCACAUCCGAGGGUACAGAGGCCCGAUGGAAACACAGAUCCCCGAUUCGGUGUCGUGCGCUUUCCUGCCACGCCCCACUGCUGCCAUCGCUACCGCCUCCCCUCAGAGCUGCUCCCAGUGGGGUGAAGCUCGCAGUCGAUGUGACAAUGGAUGGGACGGAUGGGAUGGAAGGGACGGCAGGGCCAGAUCCUGUCUCCAGGGCAUCGGAUUCCUUCCAAGUACAGGUCCCCAGCCUCGCCUGCCAGUGUGUCCGUCCCCUUUGUGCUUGCCCCGCCCCCCACGCAGUCUGUAGCCCCCCUCUGUCCUAGGGCCUCUGGGACUCACACCGUCCCUUCGUGGCUUCGAAGCCCUUGCUCCGGAUUCUGGCUUCCUUGCAUCUGCUUAGGGACCUUGAGACUUAACCCACACAAGACUCCAGUGUGAACGAGGUCUGCUUCAGGGAUCCUUUUACAGGUGAAGAGAAAAGGGGAGGCCCUUCACCCCCAGGAUGGGUCCUGGCCCAUCACCCAGGGCAGGAACUCCUUUGGCCUCCCACUCCCACCGGGGACUGAAAUCUGCAGCAGCUAUGAAAAAGUGUUUCUGUUGUUCACUGCUCGGUCGGUGGGGUGAGGCCCCAAGUUCAGAGAUCCCCCUGAUAUCCAGCAAGAGAGAGCCAUAGCUGUAGGGCAGACUUUCCCAGGGCCCAGUCCACAGAGUGGUGUUUCACCAGACAAUCGAUCGACGCGGUUAGGAAGGAUAGGCUUUACUCUCUGUUCCAGAGGAAACUCAGGGACUUUUCAAGUUGCUGAGAGUUUUGUUGUAUUUGUUUUUCAUCCAGCCCUCUACUGCCACAAGCCAAAGCUCCAACUGCUGGGAGACCUUUCAGUUAACUAAUCUUAUUGACUCCUGGUUCUCCUGUGCUGUAGGGCUAGAAAGGCCUAGAAAGUGUGAUGCAUUUUAAGGUGCUCAGGAGCAGCCUGGGGGUGCCUGUGGGGUUCCCAGUGACCUCUCACUGUUCGGGCAUGCAGCUGG